AUGAUCAUGGAAAGAAUGCAAGAAAACAACUUUUCUUUUGCAUUAAACAACACAAUCAAUAUUGGUUCCUCACUGUCACAACUUAUAUUGGCAGGAGGGACCAACACUUUGGAUUCAAUUUUCUCUCAUUGCCAACCAGCAAGUACUCUUACCAGUCCUGCUUUUGAGCCCUUAGGCUCUUCUGUCUAUCUACGCCAGAGAGAUCUAUUGCAAAAAUUCAGUGAAGAAAACCGAACAAACACUUCCUUUUCUCACAAUUUGCUAACGAAUCCUCUUCAAAACCCUGUGCACACCAGCAAUUAUUUGGCUCCAACUAAGAAGAAACUAUACAGGGGAGUCAGGCAGAGGCAUUGGGGCAAAUGGGUUGCUGAAAUUAGACUCCCACAAAACAGAAUGAGAGUCUGGUUAGGUACUUACGACACAGCUGAAGCUGCGGCUUAUGCUUAUGACCGUGCAGCUUAUAAACUCAGAGGGGAAUAUGCAAGAUUGAAUUUUCCAAAUCUAAAAGAUCCUACUAAGUUAGGAUUCACAGAUUUUACUAGAUUGAAUGCUUUGAAGAGUACUGUAGAUGCCAAGAUUCAAGCAAUUUGUCAGAAGGUUAAAAAAGAGAGGGCAAAAAAGAAUGCAGCAAAGAAGAGUAAUGUUGAUGGCAAAAGCACAGAAAGUAAAAAACCAGUGAAGGUAGAUUCAAAUUCACCAACACCAUCACCAGAGCCAUCAUCAUUUUCACCUUUGUUUUCCGGUGAUAAUUGGGGUAGUAGUGAAUUGGUGUCACCGGCUGUUUCUGAAGAUGGGCUUCGGAAGUGUGAGAGCUCAUCUCCUUCUGUGUCUACAGAUUAUUCCGUAAUGGUGCCACAAGAUUUGGAAUUCGAAGGCUGUUCCCUUGCAAGAAUGCCAUCUUAUGAUCCUGAGUUAAUUUGGGAGGUUCUUGCUAAUUAA